CGGCCGUGCACUUGUGCAGUCUUUCUGCCUGGAGCCCAGCUCAGACUGGCAGCAGCAUACUGACACUGAUCAUUUCUUAGAAACUUCCCGUGUCUUGUGUUCAUGAUCAGCAGUUGCUCCAGGACUGUGGUGUUUAUCAGAGCCGCUGAACUUUGUCAUGUCUCUGUGGCGCACACAGCGGAGGUGCACGGCUGGACUCUGCUGCCUCCUGCUCGCUCUCUGCUCCUGGAUCUCAGCGUUUAACCUGGACACAACAACAGUCCUCAUCAAGGAGGGUGAAGAGGGAAGUUUCUUCGGCUUCUCUUUGGCUUUACACCAGCAGCUCACACCUGAACCUCACAGCUGGAUAUUGGUUGGGGCGCCUCAGGCCCGGGGCAUAGGAGCUUUGUGGAGCAGCCGUCCCGGUGCACUGUAUCGCUGUCCGGUUACACCGGAGAAGUGUGAACGAGUGGACAUCGAUGGACAUGUGAGUCUGGACCGAGAAAGCAAAGACAACCAGUGGUUGGGUGUCACAGUCAAAAGUCAAGGAAUUGGUGGAAAAGUAGUGACAUGCGCUCACCUCUAUGAGCUCAGACAACACGUCAACCAAACCUUUGAGACCCGUGACCCGAUCGGACGCUGUUAUGUGCUGAGUGAAGAUUUGACCGAGAGAGAUGAUCUGGAUGGAGGAGAGUGGAAGUUUUGUGAAGGUCGUUCUCAAGGACAUGAGCAGUUUGGAUUCUGCCAGCAGGGCCUGUCAGCUAGUUUCACACCUGACAAAAACUACAUCCUCUUUGGGGCUCCAGGGACCUACAACUGGAAAGGGCUGUUAUUUAUGGCUAGUCCAAUUGAGGAUGCUCUGGUCUACAAAACACUGGAACCGUCCAAAAGCUCAUUUGAGGACGUCGCUCAGAACAGUUACCUGGGUUUCUCUGUGGAUUCAGCCAGAGGUAUUAUGAGUAAGUCUGAGCUGACGUUUGUUGCUGGAGCUCCUCGAGCCAAUCACAAAGGAGCCGUGGUUCUGCUACGGAAGGACAACGUCUACCGGCUCAUGCCUGACCACAUUCUGUGGGGUGAAGAACUGGCCUCCUCCUUCGGUUAUUCUGUGGCCGUAGCUGAUCUGAACAGUGAUGGUUGGACAGAUCUUGUAGUGGGAGCUCCGAAUUUCUUUGACCGAAAGGCAGAGAUUGGAGGCGCUGUGUAUGUGUACCUGAACCCAGCCAGCCACUGGGAAAAGGCACGACCGAUCCGGCUCAACGGAACAUAUGACUCUAUGUUUGGCAUGACUGUCAGUAGUGCUGGAGAUCUGGACUGGGAUGGUUAUGAAGACAUUGCUGUUGGAGCCCCAUUUGAUGGAGAUGGGAAAGUUUUUAUUUACCGUGGCUGUUCAUCUGGCAUUGAUACCAAACCCUCUCAGGUUCUGGAUGGGCUUAAUGCAGGAGUCAAGCGGCUGGGCUAUUCCAUAUCUGGAGGACUAGAUGUUGAUGGGAAUUUUUAUCCAGAUCUAGCUAUUGGCUCUCUCAGCGAUCAGGUUGUGCUUUAUAGGUCACGUCCAGUGCUCCAUGUGAUCCGAGACAUUUCCAUUGAGCCUCAGUAUAUUGAUCUGACACAGCACAGCUGCCAGGGCCAAGAUGGUGUUUGUGUGGAUGUGAAGGCCUGCUACACCUACACAGCUUAUCCAGACUCCUACUCACCACAUAUCACACUUGGUGUACAUUUUGAGGCGGACAUAGAGCGCAGGAAGUUGAGUCUUCCUCACAGAGUUCGCUUCCUGGACCGCAGUUUAUCAGAGCCGGAGUACGUUCAUUCGGUGGAAGUGGAGCUACGUGGACAAAAACAUCCUGACUGCAAAACAGUGACUUUUGUUGUACAGGAAAACAUUCGGGACAAGCUGCGGCCCGUCUCUCUGGCUAUCACACACACUAUACGGAGAAGCAGACAUCCCCAGCACAUGGGACAUAAACACCGUAACCAGCUGAGCCCUGUACUGAGCCUCAGUCCCUCAAAUACACUCUACUCUGAGGUCAAUUUUGUCAGAGAAGGGUGUGGUGAGGAUAAAAUAUGCCAGAGCAACCUUCAACUCUCCUAUCAGUUUGGCACAAAAGCACCCAUUUCAAAUGCCUUUAUUCCUCUGCCACGAGACGAGUCUGAUGUGCCAGUGUUCUCUCUGUCGGAUCAGAGGUCAGUAGUGCUGGAGGUCACGGUGACUAACAUGCCAUCUGACCCAGAAAACCCACAGGAAGAUGGAGAUGAUGCCCAUGCCACCCAGCUACUGGUGUCUCUGCCCAACACGCUCUCGUACUCUGGACUCAUGGGGCAGCAGGUAUUGUGUGAAGUUAAUCAGAACGGCUCUCAGGCGCUGUGUGAACUCGGCAAUCCGCUGAAAAGAGAAGCAACGGUCAAAUUUUAUCUUGUUCUGAGCACUUCUGGGAUAACUAUAGAAACGACGUCACUUUCUGUUCAUCUUGCACUGUCCACGAUAAGUGAGCAGCCUGCUUUGGCCCCCGUCACGGCGUAUGCGCGAAUGGUGAUCGAGCUUCCUCUGGUGCUUAGCGGACUGGCUCGCCCCCAUCAGCUGUUCUUCAGCGGAGCAGUGAGGGGAGAGAGCGCUAUGACAUCACUGCAGGACAUUGGCAGCGCAGUGGACUACGAAUUCAUUGUGUCUAAUGCUGGGCAGUCUCUCCAAACUUUUGGUUCGGCCUCUCUGAACAUCCUAUGGCCGUACGAGCUGAUCAAUAGGAAGUGGCUGUUGUAUCCGAGUGCUCUGCAGGUGGACGGCCAGCCACCAACUAACUGUGAACCCCAGUCAGAGAUCAACCCUCUGCAACUGGCCCUUGACCAGCCGCCGCACACAGAAAACCUUAAGGGCAGCAGAAAGGUGCGCUCGCAUCUGGAGACCAAAGAAGACCUUAUUCCUAAAAACCCAGUCGGAAAAGUCACUCCAGCUGUUUCUGCAUCUGAGAGAAGGAAGUCUCUCACACUGGAUUGUUUACUGGGCUCUGCACGCUGUCUGCUCUUCCAGUGUCCUCUACUCACAUUCUCCGGCUCGAUCCAUUUCAGGAUCCGAGCACACAUGUGGAACAGCACUUUCAUUGAGGAGUUUUCAUCUGUCAGUGCUGUGGAGCUGCUGGUCAGAGCCAAUAUCACCAUAAAAUCCAACAUUAAACAUCUGGUGCUGAAGGACGCUGCUACACAGGUGUCAGUGAUGAUUUACCCAGAGCACGGGCUCUCAGACCAGCACAGCAUCCCAUGGUGGAUCAUUCUCAUCGCUGUCCUGGCUGGAAUUAUUGUUCUCGCGCUGCUCGUGUGUUUACUGUGGAAGUGUGGUUUCUUCCAAAGGGUUCGGUAUAAAGAUAAAGUGCCCCAGUAUAAGGCUGUGAAGAUCCUGCGGCAAGAGACACAGUUUCAGGACAAGACUUUUAUUUUGCACAAAAAACAAUGGGCUACCCACUGGAGUGAUGGGACAAUCUAAAAUAAAAUGGAUCCUUUUGUCCUCAGCAACAUGGACACCAACCAGAAAAUGCAGUGGACUCACACUAACCUUAAACAUAUACUGCUACCGAUUUUUUUCAGCAUUUUAUGUUGCAUUUUUCAUUGCUCUGCAGAUUGAAAGAAAAUUUUCUUUGGAUCUAGCUGGAGAUAGACCGUAUAUAAAUGGAAAUAUAUGCACCUAGUAUUAAAACCACUGUUUAAUGUAUUAAUGUUGAAUUCAGUGUAAUGGCGUUUGUGAACUCAUAAAACAGCUGUGGUUCUGUGUUAAAUACAAUUCAGUUCCUUUAGAACUUUGAAACAUUUCAAUACUGAAACAUAUUUUAAAGGUCUUUAUAUCAUAUGAGGAACAUGAAAAGUUUUCAAUUUGCCAGAAACUUAACAUGCAUUAUCCAAAGACCCUCAUGAUAAAAAGCUAUUAUGUUAAGUCAAUUUCAUUUGUUUAGCAUUUUUCAUAGUAUACAGUACAUCAUUUCAAAGCAGAUUUACAGAAAGUCAUACUGUUUUAUCUAUGAUGCCUUCAGCCCAAUCCUUCAGCUGUCAUGCUGGUGUCAUGAAGUAGGUGGCAGUAUGCGCCUUUAAGGGGGUUUGCCAACUGGUAUUAAAAGGAAAAGAUGCUCAAAUAAACACAAAAAAAGAAGAAAUGUGCAUGUGUGAUGCACAAGAACCUGCGAGGUCUGUUCUAGAGCAUCACACGUUUGAGCUUCUGUGUUCAUUGUAUUUGAUGAGCACUUUUGUAAUGAUCUCUCAUUUAUUUAUCGUUUACUUUUAUCUGCCGUCAAACUAUCUGAGACGUCGUUGUUACAACAUGCUGCUAUGGGUUGCAUCUUCGGAUUAGACUGACAGACUGGUGUUCUGACACUGCAAGCUUCAUGCUUUCUGACCAUGUUGAAAUUAUUCUUUUACUGUACAUAUAUAAUACAAGAUGUUUACUGUAUAUCAGCAGUCCCAUAUUCACAGUUGUGACCACACACAGUCUGUUUACAAUGUCUACCAUUGUGACAUGUUUCCAUCUAUGAAAGUCUUUAUAUAGUGUGUGCAUUCUGCAAACUCUGUAUACAUUGGAUUGAUUUUAAUAACUUUAAUGUACUUCAAUUGUGCACCAAACACUAGGAAUAUAUAAGUAUCGGAUCGGGACUCUGUAUUGGCAGAUACCCAGUAAUCAAUGACUCGGAUCGGGGCACAAAAAACCUGAUCGCGACAUCCCUAAAUUUCAGCGUUCUGAGGGGAUAACAGCUGAGCACUGCAUCCUGCCUCAUUUAUUUGAGAAACAGAAAGAAAGAAUUCAGCAAUAAUAAUGACGCAGCAGAUAGUUUAAUCUUACUGCCAAGCUUUUUGUAUAAAUGAGAUUAACAGGCAAUAUUUACAGUACAGUUCAAUGCUGCAAACUUCAUAUUCUAUUUACCGAAGUUAUGUUAUCGUCAAUGUUUAGGCUAUGUAUAACAAUAAUGUUAGGAUAACUUAGGGGUGGCCAACUUGGUUCCUGGAGAGCCACACUUCUGAAGAGUUUUGCUGCUCUAAUCAAACACAGAUGAACAAGCUAAUCAUGGUCUACGGGUUACCAGCAGUGCAUCCAAAAUUGUGUACUGAGUAGGUACUACAUUUGAAUAUUGAAUAUCGGUAGUGUAGCACAGUUAAAAGGGGAAUUGUUUUCGGUAUUUGUACGCUGGGUGUAAACAAUUAAGACAAUACACAAUAAAAUGUAUUUUCCGCUGAACUGAAACAAC